AUGCAGUUACGAACGAUCGAUAGAAGCUAUGAGAAUGCUAUCCGCAUCCUCCAAAGUCGACGUCGUCUGAAAAGGCCCAGCGUAAGACUAGGAAGCGAUAUCCGCGGGUUGACUUUGACACAAAUUCCUGAUACGUUAGGAAAUCCCAAUCUCAUGGGAACUCCAAGCAUUGUGGGGACGAAACAAUGGCUCCAUCAGUUGGGCUACUCAACUACCGAUGUGGACCGCAUCAACAUCAUUCAUGUUGCAGGAACGAAAGGCAAAGGGAGUACAUGUGCAUUCAUUGAGUCUUUCCUCCGAGUCUCGGGAAAAAGAAACGGAUUUCCACGGAAGACUGGCCUUUACACUUCGCCACAUCUGAUUUACCCUCAAGAGAGGAUCCGUAUCAAUUUUCGACCUCUUGGAAGAGAUCCUUUUGCAAAGUACUUCUUUGAAGUGUGGGAUGCUUUGACAACCAGUGAGGGCCAUUCCCGAACUCUGCCUCGUUAUCUCCAGCUCAUUGCUCUCGUGUCAUUGCAUGCAUUUAUCAAGGAAGAUGUCCAAGCGGCCAUCAUUGAGGCCCAUCAUGGCGGAGAGUAUGACGCGACCAACGUGAUCGAGCAUCCUGUCGCGACUGUCAUUACUGCGCUCGGAAUGGACCACGUCAAGCAACUGGGCCCCACGAUCGAGAAUAUUGCCUGGCACAAGGCAGGAAUUCUCAAGAGCGGAUCUCAUGCAUUCGCAUCUCCACAAGAGCCCCCCGCUGCUGCAGUCAUUCAGGACCGAGCAUCUGAGAAAAGUAUUCAUGUCCAGUUCAUCACUAACGAUUCUUCCCUGCCGGCAAACGCACUUCAGUUGAAACCAGAUGUUCAGCGCACGAAUUGUUCAGUUGCACUCGCUGCCGUCCGUCAUUUCCUUGAAGUAAAGAGCAACCAAGGAGCUGCGCCCUUAUCGCCCUUCGACAUAGCUCAGGGCAUAAGUCAAUUCUCCUGGCCAGGACGAUUUCAAGUAGUUCGUGAAGGAGUAUUCACCUGGUUUCUAGAUGGUGCACAUAAUGAAAUGAGUAUCAGGAAGGCUGCACAAUGGUUCAUUGAGAGCUCUCAGGAGCAGAGGUCAUCAGUUCCGCGAAUCUUGAUUUUUAGUCAGGUUUCGGAGCAAAGAGAUGCCGAAAGCGUGCUUGAGCGACUCGCGAAAGACCUAGGUAUCGGUCAGAUUGAUCAUGCCAUCUUUACUGUUUACAAUCCAAGAGAGGCUAUCGAGUCAGCAACUGCUAUAUCUGCUAGAUCAGAAGAUGUUACGCAUGAAGCAUUCACCAAGACUUGGAAAAAGUUCCAUAAGGAUUCUUGUGUUCAAUUUGAACCCAACAUCCAGUCAGCCUUGGCCUCUGCAAGAAAGCUAGGAGCUAAGGCAGGCGGCAUGCACGCACUUGUUACCGGGAGUCAACACCUUGUUGGAAGCGCACUUUAG